AGAUGGAGCCCUGAAGCCAUAUUGAGGACCUGCAGUAGAGGUGCAACCCAUGACUGGCAGCGCAAAAACAGUGAUAACAGCUGAGCUCCAAGCAAGGACCCAGGACCUUGCCUCACCACAGACAUAAUUCUUCCCUGCAACACCUCCACCAAGCCGCCCAGUAAAUCGACAUGAGUCGCCACAGCACCAGCAGCGUGACCGAAACCACAGCAAAAAACAUCCUCUGGGGUAGUGAACUCAAUCAAGAAAAGCAGAUUUGCACCUUUAGAGGCCAAGGCGAGAGGAAGGACAGCUGUAAACUCUUGCUCAGCACGAUCUGCCUGGGGGAGAAAGCCAAAGAGGAGGUGAACCGUGUGGAAGUCCUCUCCCAGGAAGGCAGAAAACUACCAAUCACUAUUGCUACACUGAAGGCCUCUGUCCUGCCCAUGGUCACUGUAUCAGGUAUAGAGCUUUCUCCUCCAGUAACUUUUCGGCUCAAGACUGGCUCAGGACCUGUGUUCCUCAGUGGCCUGGAAUGUUAUGAGACUUCGGACCUGACCUGGGAAGAUGACGAGGAAGAGGAAGAAGAGGAGGAGGAAGAGGAUGAAGAUGAGGAUGCAGAUAUAUCGCUAGAGGAGAUACCUGUCAAACAAGUCAAAAGGGUGGCUCCCCAGAAGCAGAUGAGCAUAGCUAAGAAAAAGAAGGUGGAGAAAGAAGAGGAUGAAACAGUAGUGAGGCCCAGCCCUCAGGACAAGAGCCCCUGGAAGAAGGAGAAAUCUACACCCAGAGCAAGGAAGCCAGUGACCAAGAAAUGACCUCAUCUUAGCAUCUUCUGCGUCCAAGGCAGGAUGUCCAGCAGCUGUGCUCUGGUGCAGGUGUCCAGCCCCACCACCCUAGUCUAAAUGUAAUAAGGUGGUGUGGCUGUAACCCUGUAACCCAGUCCUCCAGUUUCCGGAGGCUCUUGGUGAAGAGCCCCCCAGCAAGCUCGCCUAGGGCCACAAUAAAAUUUGCAUGAUCAG